AGUAUAAAUAACAGACAGUACUCUCACUCGGUUUGGCGGGAAGAUAUGCGCAGCCCUCAUUACGCAGGCGAGCGGCCAUUACGCUGGUUUAAAUCUUGCUAAUCGCCAGUGUGUCUGUGAGGUUUGUUUUUGUGCAGAGCCGUAACGACAAGUGUAAAGAUUAAAAUAAAAUAUCAAAUAUUAUAAAUAAUGACGUUAUUACUUAUAUAAUAUAUAACUCAAUAACUAAUGUUUUUAUCAGUUCAGAAAUUUAAUUGCGAAUAACUUUUUUAAUUUAAUAUUUUCGACGUUUUAAAUAUUUUUAAUGCGGACCUGUUGUGUUUUAUGCCAGAAUAAUGGCUUCGAGGUCAUUGAAAAUCAAUUCGCCACAUCAAACGUGCCGCCACUGAGUGAGAGUACUGUCUGUUAUAUAUACUGUGCUGCUAGUUUUUGUAAUAAAAAGGAAUUAUUAUUUUGAAUUUUAACAAAAAUUAUAAAUUUAUUAAAACGUUUCUUUUAGAAUCGAAAUAAUUCUAAAUUUCCAUUUAAAUGUUAAUUAAUUUAUCAUUGUUAUAUAGUUUUCAAUGUUCGGUUGGUACCUAACCUAUAAUUGGUAAACAUAACCUAUAAAUUGAACACGCACAAUUCUUUUUAAAUUAAUUUAAACAAAAAUGAGAAAACUAAAUCACAGAACGAUAUCGUUUGAUAAGAACUUUUUAAGGAAACUUAAAGAAGAUUCAAAUAGUUGUGUUCACAUUCAAAAAGAUGUUAAACGAUUACCAAUUCAUCCGUUUAGAUUAAUUGAUAUAAAUGCGUGCAUAAAAGAUAUCUUCCAAACAAAAAUUGCUAAAUACGAUGAAAAGUUAAAUGGAAUUUUAUUGGGAUACCAAAACAUAACCCUUUUGGACAGCGAUCGUGGGACUUUCGAUGGAUCUUUUACUCAUAUGGAUAUAGAAGGUGAAUUUUACGUUUUUAGACCGAUUAUAGGAAGCAUUUUAAAUGGAAUUGUUAAUAAAAAAAGUAAAGAUCAUGUUGGGUGUUUGGUCUAUAACACAUUUAAUGUUUCUCUUCCAAGACCGCAAGGCGAAGAAACCUGGUUAGGACAAAAUAUUAAUAUUGGGAGUGAAGUUCAGUUUAAAAUUAAUUUUACAAACAUGGAUUCAAAAUUACCUUAUAUUAGAGGUGAAUUGCAAUCGAUUAUUAAUGAUAGUGGGUUUAGUGCUGAUGAUAGUUUUCUCAAACAAAGCAAUAAAAUUAAAUUUAAUGAUAGUGAUGAUGAAGAAACUACAAAAAAAAUAAUUAAAAAACAUAAAAAAGCUAAACAUAAAGAAUUAGAACAAGAUUUUCAAGAAAUUAAAGUAAAAAGAUCUAAAAAGAAUAAAAAAGAAAGGCAAUCAGAAGAAAUAUCUUUAGAAAUUGAUGAAAAAAAUGUUAAGAAAAAACAUAAAAAAGAUAAACCAAUGAAUUCAGAUUUGAAUCAGCUAGAAGAAUCUGAAACAUUAAUAAAAUCAAAACGAAAAAAGAAUAAGCAUAAAAAUGAGUCUAAAAAUGAAAGUUUAAAUCAAUCAUAUAGUGAAAAUGAUAAAAUUGGUGAGAAUGAAAUUAUGCAGACUUCAAAAGAAAGAAAACGGAAACGUGAGGAUCAAACUGAUGAAUUUAAUGAGAUAUUAACACAAGAUUUUGAUAAAAAAAGUAAAAAACAUAAAAAGCAAAAAGAAAAAGCUGAAUUAAUUGAUGAUGAUUUGAAUCAAUUUGAAGAAAAUGAAAAGAUAGAAAAAGUUAAAAGAAAAAAGAAUAGAUUAAAAGAUAAAGAAGACUUUUUAGAAUCUUUAAUGCAUAAUAUUGAUGAAGAAUUUGAUGCAAAAAUAAAAAAGCAUAAAAAACAUAAACGAAAAAAGGAAGAAAAUCAAAAUGAUGAAAAUGGUGGCACUCAAAACUUGUCUGUUGAAACUAUCAAUGAAGAAAUUGAUAGUAAGAAACAUAAAAAGAAAAAGAAGGAAAAGAAUUAAUUAAGUUAGAUUUUAUUUCUUUUUACAAAUAAAAUUAAU